AUGGCCAACACAGACAGCGCAAACGCCAGGGUUGCUGCUAGUAGGCCCGACGAAGCCGGGACACACAGCGGCAAGCUGGAAAGGGUGUUCUUCGCUGUCAUCACGGACGAAGACUGGAAUCGUCUCAGCAACGUCAUCUUCGUGGACGGCGAGGACGGUGCUGAGACGGAGCUGGUCUUGUAUGACACCGUCGCGGAGGCCAUCUGGGCGCUGCACAAGAAGAAGGCCCGAGGACUCAACUUGCAUCUCUCCAACCCGACCAUGCCCAAGAAGAAGAUCCGCAGGGCCGAACCCUUGUCGCCCUACGUGUCUCGAGACGACACGUCCACCGAAGCUGCCGCGGAAAGCCCCGACAUGGACCGACUGGUGGACCUGACACGCAGCUACCGGGUGUGGAGGUUCCGCUGCGCAGAUGUUCAGACGGCGAUCCAGCAGUCCCUCUUGGAUUACAGCACCGCCCCCGUCAUCAAGGGAGUAAAGGGGUGCAAGGCUCGACUUCCGUUGUGGCCGCUGCAUCCGCUCUUCCAGAUCCAGUGUUUCCGCACCGUGCUGCACACAACCGUCGAGGACCGAGACAAGGUGCUGAUGCGGCCGUCCCUUCUCACCUUUUACCGGCCCGAAGACGACGUCGUUGUGGGCAAGGUGGCAAAGGUCUUGAUUCUCGACACGUACGGGUCGCUUGCGGGGACCGAAAACCACAUGAUCUUCUUGGGCGAGAGCUCGACGGCAGCAUUCUUGACCUGGCUUGUGCAGGAGACCCCCAAGACGGACGUGACCCUCUGCGUUCACAAGCUCCCCGACCUAAAGACCGGGCUUUCCUACACGGGCGCGAUCUACUCCCGAAUUGCGGACUUCUGGUCUCACGAUGGCGCUUUGGACGUGGAAGGUAAGAUCGAGGUGAAGUUGGCGUUCGUCUUGGCCGAGACCCAUGCCUCGCUGGCCGACCUCAUCAAAGAGACCACCGGUGUGCUUCGAGUGCAGGAGAUACAGAAGCUCAAGCACCAGAUCUCCAAAAAGAAGCUUGAGCUCGCAACCCUGCAGCGGACCCUGGCCGGGUUGCAGGACCCUCAGGAGCAGCGGCCCGACGGCCCGACAGGUGCCCGGCGAUGUACAGCCGAAGCCAUGGGCUGCUGA